AUGCCUCCACGACAACAGUUAGCCGCUAGAAAAGAAGCUGCGCGUCGUCGUCGCGUAAGCCUGGAAAAUGCUUUCAUCUCUUUGGCUAAUAGAGUUGUUUCUUCGGGUAGUGGGCAGUCUACUUUCGACCGGUUUGACCGUCACAGACCCCCUACUUAUGAUGGUGUUGCUGAUCCUGUGGCUCUGGAAAAUUGGUUAAGGGAGAUGGAGAAGCUCUUCACGGCAACAAACUGCUAUGCUGCUGAAAUGGUACCUAUUGGGUCGUACUAUUUGAAGAAAGAGGCGGAUAAUUGGUGGAGUACGGUGAAGGAUGUGUGUAUGGCUACAGCUGGUUUUGGGUGGACUCAGUUCUCCGCCAAGCUGAAAGAGAGAUUCUACCCUGAUGAGUUGCACUGGCAAAAGCAGGAAGAAUUUCUAUCUCUGACUCAAGGGAGUAUGGACAUCCAGAAGUACACCGACCGCUUCACGGAGGUGUCUAAAUUUGCUGGUACUGUCAUUCCCACCGAAGCUGAGAGGGUUAAGAGAUAUAUAAAGAAGAUGAAUCCGAGGGUAAGGACUCUGGUGCUGUGUUCAGGGGUUACCACUUUUCAAGCUGCUUAUGAGAUAGCCUUUAGUGUUCAUGCAUCAGUGAGAGAGGAAGAAGCUGUUAAGGCCGCAUCUGUGAGGAAGCCUUUUCCGUCUGUUGCCCCUGGUCUGGCUAAGAAGCCGAGGUUUGAGCUGAGUUUCCGUGGUGGAUACCAAGGCUCCGGUUCUAGGCAGGGUUCUGAUCCGUCCAAGUGUCGGAGGUGUGAGAAGCCUAUUCAUCCAAGAAAGGAUUGUGAGGGUGUUGCUAUUGUUUGCUUCUAUUGUACAGAGGCGGGUCACAAGAGUUAUGAGUGUCCCAAGAAUCCGAGGCUACAGCUAAGCCCCCUGUUCCUCCUAGUCAUUAUGCUCCGCCAAGGAAACGGGUUUAUAGUAUGA